CCCCUUCUUUAGGUGAUCAGGGGUCCCACCAAACUACUAAGUUUUAUGAACCUUUGAAUUUACCUAAUGUGACAUUGUCGUAUGUCAAAAUUUGGUUAGAGCGAAAACAAUUUGUGUUUUAGUUAUUUACAAUCUGUUAUUUUAACAUAAUGCCAGAAAAUAAAGAGGCUGGAGAAUAUUCACCAGAACAACAUAAGAAGCGUAGGAAAAGUAAGUCCAAUUCUCCAGCACGAAAAAAGAAAAAGUCUUCCAAAAAAAAAUCUCAUGGGAGUAGUAGUUAUGAGGACGAUUACAAUCCAAGGGACUACCAAAGAUAUUAUGGAGACGAUCGUCCUAAUAGUGACAGCUAUUGGAAUAAAUACCCAAGGAAGGAUAAUACAAAAGUUGGCCAAAGGUAUUAUGAUGUACCUGAUAAUACAAAGAAAAAAGAAGUUUCUAGUAAUAAGAAUGAUAAAGAAAAGUCAGAAAGUGGAGAAACUACUGACAAAUCAGUUAUAAAACCAAGAGAAAGGAAAGUAGUAGAUAUGUUAACUUCAAAGACAGGAGGUGCAUACAUUCCUCCAGCUAAAUUACGUAUGAUGCAAGCAAGUAUAACUGAUAAAUCAUCUGCAGCUUAUCAGCGUAUAGCAUGGGAGGCUUUAAAGAAGUCUGUUCAUGGUUAUAUUAAUAAAAUUAAUACCUCAAAUAUUGGGAUCAUUGCUAGAGAAUUACUGCAUGAAAACAUAGUAAGAGGUAGAGGAUUACUAUGUAAAUCAAUAAUACAGGCGCAAGCUGCUUCUCCUACUUUCACUAAUGUAUACGCAGCAUUAGUAGCUGUAAUUAAUUCAAAAUUUCCAAAUAUUGGGGAACUUUUAUUGAAAAGAUUAGUCCUCCAGUUCAAGAGAGGUUUUAAACAAAAUAAUAAAUCCAUAUGCAUAUCGGCUACUACUUUUGUUGCUCAUUUGGUGAACCAGAGAGUAGCUCAUGAAAUUUUAGCUUUAGAAAUUCUGACUUUGCUAGUGGAAACUCCAACUGAUGAUUCUGUUGAAGUUGCUAUUUCAUUUUUAAAGGAAUGUGGCCAAAAACUUACCGAAGUGUCUAGUAAAGGUAUAACUGCCAUAUUUGAAAUGCUAAGAAAUAUUCUACAUGAGGGACAACUUGAAAAAAGAAUUCAGUACAUGAUUGAAGUAAUGUUUCAAAUAAGGAAAGAUGGUUUUAAAGAUCAUGCAGCUGUGAUUGAGGAAUUAGAUUUGGUUGAAGAAGAAGAUCAGUUCACUCAUCUCAUAAUGCUUGAUGAUGUCAAAGAAGCCAAUGCGGAGGAUAUUUUGAAUGUGUUCAAAUUUGACGAUAAGUAUGAAGAAAAUGAAGGAAAGUAUAAGACGCUUAGUAAGGAAAUCUUGGGAAGUGAUAGUGAUUCAGAAUCAGGUUCUGGAGGAUCUGAAGACGAAUCUGGAGAAGACGAGGAUGAAGAGGAAGUUAAAGAUCAAGGCAAAAUUAUUGAUAAUACAGAAACAAAUUUAAUUGCUCUUAGAAGAACAAUUUAUUUAACAAUACAAUCAAGUUUAGAUUUUGAAGAAUGUGCACAUAAGCUUCUUAAAAUGGAAUUGAAGCCUGGACAGGAAAUUGAAUUGUGUCACAUGUUCCUCGAUUGUUGUGCAGAGCAGAGGACCUAUGAAAAGUUUUAUGGACUAUUAGCACAAAGGUUUUGUCAAAUCAAUAAAGUGUAUAUUGAGCCCUUUCAACAGAUUUUUAAAGACACUUAUGCUACAACGCACAGAUUGGAUGCCAAUAGGUUACGCAAUGUUAGCAAAUUCUUUGCUCAUUUACUUUUUACUGACGCGAUAGGUUGGGAAGUUUUGGAAAUAAUGAAACUCAAUGAAGAAGAUACCAAUAGUUCUAGUCGUAUUUUUAUUAAAAUCCUCUUUCAAGAAUUAGCGGAGUACAUGGGAUUAGGAAAACUUAACAAAAGGCUUAAGGAUGAGACACUUCAGGAACAUUUUGCAGGAUUGUUCCCUAGAGAUAACCCUCAGAAUACCAGAUUUUCUAUAAAUUUCUUCACAUCUAUAGGUUUAGGAGGUUUAACUGAUGAACUUAGAGAACAUUUAAAAAAUGUACCUAAAAUGGUGAAUCUUAAAUUAGCUGCAAAUAAAGAAAGUGGAAGCAGUAGUAGUAGUAGUAGCAGCAGUAGUUCAAGCAGUUCAGAAGAUGAUAGUAGUAGCAGUGAAGAUAGUGGAGGUACACAUGAUUCAGAUAAAGCAAAAAAGAAAAAGAAGAAAUCGACAGAAAAAUACCAAGAACGACACCAAAAAUUAAACUCUAAAUCCAAAUGUCAAGAAAAAGACAAGCACAAACAAAAAUAUGCCGAAAAAGAAAAUGAUAAAAAAUCGAGAAAAGAAAAUAGAAGGGAUAACGAAAAAAGAAGUAGUAGAGAUUAUGAAUGGGUGAAAAGUAGGUGCGAGGAUAAUAUUCAUCAAUUGAAAAAUGAGAAACGAGUAUUUGAAAGAUCAUCGAAAAGAGGUUCCAAGUCUAGAGAUAGAGGUAAGGGUAAAGAAGAACGAAGACGCAGAAGUAGAGAAAGGCAAAGGAGUUGAAAAUGUUAUUAAUAAUUAAUAAUAAUGUAUAUAGGUAAAAUAAGUAUUUAAAAUAUGAUUUUUAUCAAAUUACUUGUAUUAAAAUUAAAUAUCAACCACUAUAUUUUAUUAAUCGGUUUUAUUGUUGCUAAAAUAAUUAAUAUUACCAUUCUUAAAACAUACGCCAAUUCUUCAAAUCGCCGAUGUUACACACUAUACACUACACUGAACUAACUUAUAAUAAUUCACUUAUCACUAACACUUAAAUAAUUUAUUUAAAACAUCAUUUAAACAUCAGAGGCGCCGCGCUUUCGCCGAAUGUUAGGAUUCCACUACAAUCUAGACAGGACCGGCAGAGUUUCUUCCAAUUAACCAGUUCAUUUUUCUAUACUUCAGUCAAAUUUCUUCUUUGGUUAUCUAAGGUAAUACCUAAGUAUUUUGCUGUGUUUGAGUGUGGAAUCAGGUUUUUAUUUAUCCCGAUUGGUAUAUGGUCUAUCCCUUUGUUUGUUCAGUUGAAAUGAACUGAUUUAGUUCAAUUUUUCAUCUCAUCGCCCAGUCAUAUAUUCGAUGUAGCUUGUUGCUUCUUCAUUUCUCUUUUAUACUACUAGAAUGGUAGUUUCAACGGCGAAUGUGGUUAUUGUAUUGUUUUCUAACUCUGGAUUAUCACAUGCAUAUCCACGUAGAUUUGAAAAAAAAAAUAAACUUGAGCGAUUUAAUGUUUUAUGAAAGUAAUGUUCUUUGGAAUUUUUUACUUCACUGAAGUCUACUAGUAAUGAUUUAUAAUAAUUUUUUUGUAGCUAAAUCUGUGUCAAAUGAGGGUAUUACUAAACCAAAAAAGUCGGGA